GCUGCGCGGAAGGAUACUCAGAAGACGAUGUCACAACGACGCGUAGUUCCGGGAUGUGGGACUAUUUCUUCGGAAUGGCAAAGAAGCGCGUUGAAAAGUGCAAGGAUACAGCGGAGUUACACGUUGCUAGCAGGUGCAUAAUGGUGAAUUUUCAAUACCUUUGAGAGACGUCAUGAUGCAACAAUCGGCGUUUUCAUCUUUUUGUUCAUGGUGAACAAAACGUUUGCUGCUCACUGCAAGCUUAUGUUUACGUGAGACGGAUGACACGAUCCCGGACCUACUAGCACCCCUGACUUGAGAUUGAGCGCAGUCUUUUGGAUAGGGAAGGCAUCGCUCUAGAAUUCAGCACCAUGUCAGGCACGUACACCCCGGCCCCCGGUGGGCCUUUCUCAGCGCUCACUCCAAGCAUGUGGCCCCAGGACAUUUUGGCUAAGUACCAUCAAAAAGACGACGCGGAAUUGAAUGGACUCAAGUAUGAUGAGUUUGGCUUCAGAGUGGACACAGAAGAGAGUGACGAUCCCAGUCCUUGGCUCGGCACUGAAGGCUCACCGCAACGUGAAAACCCGCAGCAGAGGUUGCGCUGGCAAGCCCAUUUGGAAUUCACGCAUAAUCACACAGUGGGCGACCUCACCUGGGAGCUCAUCGCGCCCGUCCUCCCGCGCUCCGAACGCCUGCGGACGCUCGUACUCGGCGGCAUUCCUCAUAGCAUGAGGCCGCAGUUAUGGAUGCGUCUGUCGGGAGCCCUGCAGAAGAAGAGGACCUCUGAAAUCUCCUAUAAAGAAAUCAUUAAGAACAGCUCCAAUGAUGACACCUCCACAUCUAAACAGAUAGAGAAGGACUUGCUGCGGACGAUGCCCACCAACGUGUGCUUCAGCAACCUGACGAGCGUCGGGGUCCCGAGGCUGCGACGGGUCCUUCGAGGCUUGGCCUGGCUUUACCCCGACAUCGGCUACUGCCAGGGAACUGGAAUGGUGGUUUCCUGCCUGUUACUCUUCAUGGAGGAGGAAGACGUGCUAUGGAUGAUGUGUGCCCUGAUUGAAGACCUCCUCCCUCCAGCGUACUUCUCCUCCACCCUGCUGGGCGUCCAAACGGACCAGAGAGUGCUUCGUCAGCUCAUCGUUCAGUACCUACCGGCCCUUGACCGCCUUUUACAGGAGCACGACAUCGAGCUGUCUCUGAUCACGUUGCACUGGUUCCUAACAUCCUUCGCCAGUGUGGUGGACAUCCGUUUGCUCCUCCGGAUCUGGGACCUCCUUUUCUACCAGGGCUCCUUAGUGCUAUUUCAAAUCACGCUGGGCAUGCUGAAGAUCAAGGAGGAGGAGCUCAUAUCGUCCGAGAACUCUGCGUCUAUUUUUAACACUCUGUCCGACCUACCGAGCCAGUUGAGGGACGGGCCGGCCGUUCUCGGGGAAGCUUUGAGGCUGGCAGGGAAUCUGUCACAGGACGCCCUGGAUGCUCACCGACACAAGCACCUGGCUUACAUCCUCAACGAGCAGGCUCAGAUGGAUAGCGGGAGCGCGCCGCUCAAUUCCAAUCUCAACAAGGUGGUGCGGAGGCAGUCCCUUCGUCGAAAGUCCACUUUAAGCUCUCUGCUGUUUGGGGAGGAUGAAGCCGAAGCUCUCAAGUCCAAGAACAUUAAGCAGACGGAGCUGGUGGCGGCCCUUCGAGAGGCCAUCACUCGCACGUCAGAGCAUUUCCACUGUCUUGACCCGCGCCACUCCAGCACUGAGCUAACCCCUGACUACUCCAUGGAAAGCCACCAGCGGGACCACGAAAACUUCCUGGUGGUGUCCCGGAACCGACGGCGACGAGCCAAGGCUUUGCUGGAUUUCGAGAGGCACGACGAUGACGAGUUGGGCUUCAGGAAGAAUGACAUCAUCACGAUUGUCUCACAGAAGGAUGAACACUGUUGGGUUGGGGAGCUCAAUGGCCUUCGAGGCUGGUUCCCCGCUAAGUUUGUGGAGAUCCUCGAUGAAAGAAGUAAAGAGUACUCGUUAGCAGGAGACGACUCUGUAACAGAAGCUGUGACCGAUCUAGCCAGAGGGACUCUAUGCCCGGCCCUGAAGGCCAUCUUUCUGCACGGCCUGAAGAAACCCUCCAUUUUGGGCGGGCCCUGUCACCCGUGGUUAUUCAUAGAAGAGGCGGCCAGCAGAGAGGUCGAGAGAGACUUCAACUCGGUCUACUCCAGACUGGUGCUGUGUAAAACCUACAGGUUAGAUGAAGAUGGGAAGGUUCUUACGCCAGAAGAGCUCCUAUACCGGGCGGUGCAGUCUGUCAACAUGAGCCAUGAUGUCGCUCACGUUCAGAUGGAUGUUAAGUUCCGGUCUCUGAUCUGCGUCGGCCUCAAUGAGCAGGUGUUGCAUUUAUGGUUGGAGGUGCUGUGUUCCAGCAUGGCGGCCGUCGAGAAAUGGUAUCAUCCGUGGUCAUUUCUACGCAGUCCAGGAUGGGUUCAGAUUAAAUGUGAACUCAGGGUCUUAGCAAAGUUUGCCUUCAGUCUUUCUCAAGAUUGUGAAUUACCGGAGCAGAAAGAGAAGGAGCAGAGGCCGCUGAAAGAGGGCGUGCAAGACAUGCUGGUGAAGCAUCAUCUCUUCAGCUGGGACAUUGACGGCUAGACAAACUGCAUCCCAACUGGUGUGUGCUUGUGUGUGAUUAGCGUGUGUGUAUGUGCGCCACUUUUUGUCUGAUUCUUGGACACACUAUGGACUUAAAUGUUGGACAAUGGUAACGCAUUUCAAUAGAUGACCCAGUUACCAUUAAGGUCACUGGUUUGUCCGUGCAUCACGAUGCAUCCUAUUUUUUCUUCUUUUUUUCCAGUGUGGUUUUGAAGGGUGUUUUGUAAAUGUUUUCCCAUGGAGGUCAAACAAGGUGAGCAUGAAGUACAGAAUGAUCUGUAUCCACUGGACUGCAACACUUGAUUUCAGCCAUUUUUUUUUCUCCUCCCCAACUUGUUUAUUAUUGGCACAGGAGGGAGACUGGAAGGACAUUUUCUUGUGAAGUGCACCUGCUGUUCUUCUACAAUUUAACUAUCAAAAGACCAAAACAACCUUCAAGCUUGUAAAUGUUAAAAAAAAGUAUUUUCAGAGAAAAUUUCGUUAUUGCAUAUCACACUACAUGUUUAAAUCCUAAUGUUGCACAUGCCAAGUUUAGCCUUCGCAGAUUGUGUAAUAUUAAAUGUGCACUACCUGAACAGUGGUAGCCAACGCUGCACGGUGAAGAACAAUGUUGUCGUGCAAUCCAAAUAAAUGUUACCUCAUUAGAUAUUUGUUUGUGUACAUUUAAAGAGCUUUAUGCCUUACUUUACAGGGACCGCUGCAUU